AUGACGGGCACCAAGCUUCCCGAGGUCGAUCCUGUGACCAGGAUGCAGGUAGACGAGUCUGUUGUUGGCCACACCGAGAUCGAUGAAUCCCUUUACAGCCGACAGCUCUACGUUCUCGGCCACGAGGCCAUGAAGCGUAUGGGCGCCUCGAAUGUCCUUGUUGUUGGUCUGAAGGGUCUCGGCGUCGAGAUUGCCAAGAAUAUCGCACUCGCAGGCGUGAAGAGUCUGACGCUCUACGACCCUGCACCCGUUCACAUAUCCGACCUGUCUGCGCAGUUCUUCCUUGCCCCAGAGGAUGUUGGCAUUCCCAGGCACGAUGUGACCGCGCCGCGAGUAGCCGAGCUUAAUGCUUACACCCCUGUGAAGAUACACGAGUCAACUGGCCUGGACGCCGAUCUCUCUCAGUUCGACAAGUAUCAGGUGGUCGUCCUGACGAACACCCCUCUUCAAUCUCAAAAGACCAUUGGCAAUUAUUGCCAUUCCAAGGGCAUCUAUGUCAUAGUGGCAGACACUUUCGGAUUGUUCGGUUCGAUUUUCUGUGACUUUGGCGAGAACUUCACUGUUAUUGACCCGACCGGAGAGACCCCACUGAGUGGCAUCGUCGCUGGAAUCGAUGAAGAAGGCCUCGUAUCAGCAUUGGACGAAACCCGACAUGGUUUGGAAGACGGUGAUUAUGUUACAUUUUCCGAGAUUGAAGGGAUGGAAGGUUUAAAUGGAGCCGAGCCUCGAAAGAUUACUGUGAAGGGACCUUACACAUUCUCUAUCGGCGAUGUGACCGGUCUUGGUCAGUACCAACGAGGUGGCAUGUACCAGCAAGUCAAAAUGCCCAAACCUAUUAACUUCAAGGAUUUCACCACGUCUCUCAAGGAGCCGGAGUUCGUCGUGUCGGACUUCGCCAAGUUUGACCGACCUCAGCAGCUCCACAUUGGCUUUCAGGCUCUUCACGCCUUUCAACUCUCCAAGGGCCGUCUUCCAGACCCAAUGGAUGAUGAAGAUGCUACAGUUCUCCUCGGGGCUGCAAGACAAUUAAUCAAGGAAGAGAACUUGGAGAUUGAACUGGAUGAGAAGUUACUGAAGGAGCUUAGCUAUCAGGCACGAGGUGAUUUGAGUCCAAUGGCCGCCUUCUUCGGAGGUAUUACUGCGCAGGAAAUACUCAAGGCCGUAUCUGGCAAGUUCCAACCCAUCAAACAGUGGAUGUACUUCGAUUCCCUUGAGUCACUUCCUGCAUCGACAAAGCGAAGCCCCGAAGUUUGCAAGCCACUCGGUUCACGAUACGACGGCCAAAUCGCUGUGUUCGGUACGGAAUACCAGGAGAAGAUCGCAAACUUGACCCAGUUCCUCGUUGGAGCCGGUGCCAUCGGUUGUGAAAUGCUCAAGAACUGGGCGAUGAUGGGCCUAGGCACUGGGCCCAGGGGCAAAAUUUUUAUUACUGAUAUGGAUUCCAUCGAAAAGAGCAACCUGAAUCGCCAGUUUCUGUUCCGUGCCGACGACGUUGGCAACAUGAAGAGCGACUGUGCCGCCAAAGCUGUGCAGCGAAUGAAUCCAGACCUCGUUGGUCACAUUCAGACUUUCAAGGAUCGAGUCGGCCCUGACACAGAGGGCAUCUUUGAUGAGGCUUUCUGGGAGAGCCUGGAUGGUGUUACAAAUGCGCUGGACAAUGUUGAGGCCAGAACUUAUGUUGAUCGACGCUGCGUGUUUUUCCGCAAGCCACUUCUUGAGAGCGGUACACUUGGGACCAAAGGAAACACCCAAGUCGUUUUACCUCAUCUUACCGAGUCUUAUUCUUCGUCGCAAGAUCCGCCCGAGAAAGAAUUUCCCAUGUGCACUAUCCGAAGCUUCCCCAACAGAAUCGAGCACACCAUUGCUUGGGCCAAGGAGUACAUGUUCGAAAAAUGCUUCGUCAAGGCACCCCAAACUGUCAAUUUGUAUUUGACACAGCCCAACUUCGUGGAGACCACCCUCAAGCAAGGUGGUAAUCAGAAAGAGACACUGGAAACCAUCCGCAACUACCUCACAACGGAACGACCUCGUACUUUCGAAGAUUGUAUUGCAUGGGCAAGAAUGCAGUUCGAGACGGAGUUCACCAACAAGAUCCAGCAGCUUCUGUACAAUUUCCCCAAGGACUCUGAAACGUCGAGCGGGACACCUUUCUGGUCUGGCCCGAAGCGCGCUCCCGAUGCCCUCAAGUUCGAUCCCAACAACCCGACCCACUUUGGUUUUGUGGUUGCUGCUGCCAAUCUCCAUGCCUUCAACUUCAAUAUUAAACCCCCUGGAGAUGACAAGAACAUUUACCUGCGUGAAUUGGAAAAUGUGAUUAUUCCUGACUUCACCCCUGAUGCCAAUGUCAAAAUCCAGGCCGAUGAUAAGGAACCAGACCCCAACGCUGGUGGCAGCGAAGAUGAGGACGAGCUCCAGAAAAUCAUUUCCAGCCUUCCUUCACCGAGCACGCUGUCAGGUUUCCAGCUGCACCCGGUUGAAUUUGAAAAGGAUGACGACUCCAAUCACCACAUCGACUUCAUCACAGCCUGCAGCAACCUUCGCGCCGAAAACUACAAGAUCGAGCCUGCUGAUCGACACAAAACCAAAUUCAUUGCUGGGAAGAUUAUCCCGGCCAUUGCCACGACGACUGCACUUGUAACUGGUCUGGUAGCCAUGGAGCUGUACAAGGUUAUUGACGGAAAAAAUGAUAUUGAGCAGUACAAAAACGGAUUCAUUAACCUUGCUCUGCCAUUUUUUGGCUUCAGUGAGCCGAUUGCUAGCCCCAAGGUAGUGUACAAGGGGCCAGAGGGCAAGGUGACCCUGGACAAGAUCUGGGAUCGGUUCGAGAUUGGGGAUGUGACUUUGCAGGAGCUCUUGGACCACUUCAAGGCAAAGGGCCUAACAAUUGUCAUGCUUAGCUCGGGGGUUAGCCUGUUGUACGCCAGCUUCCACGCCCCGGCGAAGAUGAAGGAACGCUUGGGCUGGAAGCUCAGCCAACUCGUGGAGAACAUUUCAAAGAAACCAAUCCCUGAACACCAGAAGGAAGUUAUCUUCGAAAUGGUGGCUGAGGACAUGGAUGAGGAGGAUGCAGAGGUUCCUUACAUUAAGGUCAGGGUGCGAUAA